UCACACAAUGAUCAGAAAGGGAGUUACUGAGAGUUUUGGGGCAGCAGUGUCCUGUCUGGGCACAUCUCAUCUGACAGAUGAAGUGAUAAGGAGGAGUAAGCGAAUGAUACUGGACACGCUGGGAGUGGGAUUGCUUGGAACCAGCACCCCAGUUUUUAACACAGUACUUCAGUGCAGCCAAAGGCAGCAAGCACUGGAAAACAGCAAGGUCUGGGGCAGACCAGGAUCAUCUCUUCCACCUCACUAUGCUGCCUUUGUUAAUGGAGUUGCGGUGCACUCUAUGGACUUUGAUGACACCUGGCAUCCAGCCACUCACCCCUCCGGCGCUGUGUUGCCGGCUCUCCUAGCACUGGCUGAAACUUUGCCUGUUAAACCCUCUGGCCUGGAGCUGUUGCUGGCUUUCAGUGUAGGCAUAGAGGUUCAGGGGAGACUCCUGAGGUUUUCUAAAGAGGCACACAACAUUCCCAAAAGAUUCCACCCACCUGCAGUUGUUGGGAUUAUGGGCAGCGCGGCUGCUACGGCUAAACUUUUGGGUCUCCCGGCAGCCCAGAGCAUAGCAGCUCUAGCAAUAGCCUGCUCAUCCGCUGGAGCACCCAUGGCAAACGCUGCAACUCAAACCAAACCUCUCCACAUGGGCAAUGCUGCCCGUGGGGGUCUGGAGGCCUCCCAACUUGCUCUCCUCGGCCUGGAGGGUAACACACAGAUUCUGGAUCUGGAAUCAGGCUUCGGGGCCUUCUAUCCAGAUUAUGUCCCUCACCCACUGGCUGAGGUCACCCCUACUUCUCAUUACAGCUGGGUGUUAGAAGACCAGAACAUUGCACAGAAGCGCUUUCCCGCCCAUCUCGGGAUGCACUGGGUGGCGGAUGCAGCAAUAGAAGCAAGGGCGAAAUUUUUGGACAAAUACCCAAAUGCAGAUCUCAGUCAAAUCAAAAAGAUCACUCUCAGAGUGCCCUCAUCCAGAUAUGUAGACUGCCCUCUUCCGCUUAGCGAGCACCAGGCCAGACACUCAUUCCAGUUCAACUGCUGUACCGCACUGCUGGAUGGAGAGGUCACCGUCGACUCCUUCAGCAAAAGCCAGAUGAACAGGAGUGCCCUAAAGGAGAUGCUUCGGAAAGUACGGUUGGAAAAUCCACAAGACAAUCACUCGAGCUUUGAAAAAAUGUAUUGCGAAAUUGCAGUGGAGACAACUCAGGGGGAAACGUUCACUGCGUGCUGCAACACUUUUUACGGUCACUGGAGGAAACCACUCAGUCAUGAGGAUCUGGUGAGGAAGUUCAGGGCUAAUGCUUCGACUGUGCUGACCGCUGAUGUUGUGGAGGGCAUUAUUUACACUGUAGACCGUCUGGACACAAAUCAAGACUGUUCAAUGCUUUGGUCAUACAUGCACUUUAAUAAGCACGUGAUGCACAGAGAUGAGCGCCGCUACUCAGCUUUGGCCUGAAUUAUUGUGUAAUGUGGCACCAUUUACGCUAAUAGAAAGUAUCAUAUUGUCAUAUUGAAACCUGUCAUUACUUUGUUCCUUAUAUUCUCACUUUGGUGGAUUUGUACCACAUACAGUUCUGAAAUACUUCCUAGCAAACUUUGAUGGUGAAUAUGAUAAAUGUGUAAAUUCUGAUUAGGUAAAAGCAUGAAAUCCACUGUGGAGUCGUGACUUAAAUCUGCAUUUUAUAUUACAACCAAAUUGUUAUUUACUCACCAAAAUUUCAUCUGGUGAUUAGCAAGUAUUCAUUUUGGACCUUGUCUAUGUAUUUGACAAGCAUUUGGAGUGUAUUCUGGCUACCCUACAAUAUUUCUGCAAUGUCCGAUUUUUUUUUUUCAAAUACACAGCAUUUAGUAAUAGUGUUCUUUCAUCAGAUGUAGUUUUUCCCAGAAAGAAAAGAGUAAGUUCCUUUCACUUGUUAAACUGAAAGUGGAGGGAGAGAAU